CUCGAACCAUUUAUCGAAUAAACCCUUUUAGGCGCCUGGCAAGGUCUAUCUGGGCUCAAUCAGAUCGAUCCCGGUUAGGCACACAACUGGGGCUUAAUCUAAUAGACCUUGACCAGUAGCAAAGUAUUAGAAAUAACAAAACAGACGAACUUGUUUUAAGUGUGCUGAGAAACAAGAACCAGAAGGGGGCAUAUUGUAGGAGAGAACCCCAAUGGUGUCAAUGAAGUUCAGUUUAGUGCUGUUUAUGUGCUCAUUCUGCGUAAUACUACCGUGCCUGAAAGCAGGCGCAGAUUCCGACGAUGGCACCAUUGCGGUGUUCGAUCCUGUUCUUCAGGAGCGGGAGAAGAGAGCCGAGAUAGCUGCCCUUAAAGCCUAUCAACCCGACCCCGAAUCAGUUACUGACGAGCUAAUCAAAGAUGUCGAAACAAGCAUAGAGAGGUCCAACACCACAAGGAGGCAUCUAGCGAAAAAGAUCAAAGCCGAAUGCACGGCCACAAACCCUAUUGAUCGGUGUUGGAGGUGCAAUCCGGACUGGGCCAAGAACCGAAAGCAGCUCGCCAACUGCGUGCUAGGAUUCGGCCGCAGGACACGUGGAGGAAAGCGAGGUCCCAUCUACGUCGUCCACGACUCCUCCGACAACGACAUGGCCAAUCCCAAGCCGGGAACCCUCCGGCACGCCGUGAUCCAAACGGGCCCACUCUGGAUCAUCUUCAAGCACAGCAUGACAAUCAAGUUGAACAAGGAGCUAAUUAUGACGAGCCACAAGACCAUCGACGGGCGUGGCGCCAACGUGCACAUCGCGCACGGUGCCGGAAUCACAAUCCAGUUCGUGGAGAAUGUGAUCAUCCACGGCAUUCACAUACACGACAUUGUGUCGGUCGGAGGUGGCUUGAUCAGAGACUCAUUGGACCAUAUCGGACUCAGGGGCCAGAGUGACGGUGAUGGUAUCACCGUCUUUGGCUCCUCUCACAUCUGGCUCGACCACCUCUCUAUGUGGAACUGCUACGAUGGGCUUACCGAUGUCGUCCAGGGCUCCACCGCCAUCACCAUCUCCAACUGCCACUUCACUCGCCAUAACGACGUGAUGCUGUUCGGGGCAAACGAUUUGUAUGAACGUGACCAGAUCAUGCAAAUCACGGUGGCGUUCAACCACUUCGGGAAGGGAUUGAUCCAGAGAAUGCCGAGGUGCAGAUUCGGCUUCUUCCAUGUUGUGAACAAUGACUACACCCACUGGCAGAUGUACGCCAUCGGCGGCAGCUCACACCCCACCAUCAUCAGCCAGGGCAACCGCUAUGUCGCCCCACCGGACCCGAAACUCAAGGAGAUCACAAGCAGGGCCUACUCGACGCCCGAGGCAGUGUGGAAGACAUGGCAAUGGAGGUCGGAAGGUGAUCUAAUGGAGAACGGAGCCUACUUCCGGGAAUCAGGAGAGCCGAGGAAGGGCCGAGGCCACUUCAGUCGGUUCGACGUGAUCAACGCAAAGCCAGGCUCAUUCGUGAGGAGGCUCACACGCUUUGCAGGUACUCUUGGAUGCAGGGUUGGCAAGGCAUGUUAA